AGGUAAAGAUGGCUACUUUGGGCGAUAUUUUCAAAAUUAAAAAUAAUAUUGCAAGCAGUAAAUUAAAGGCAGUCAAGGCCUUACAUUGGGUAGCGUACGGCAAAGAAGCAGAACCUCGCAGGACGCGCAAGGGGUUGCGUGAAUUUUCUGGUUUCAAACUAGAUAAAAAUUCAGAAGAAUAUUUAGAAAGGGUUAGUGAAGUCAGAGAAAGGGUUGAGCCGGCUGAUUUAAUAUCAAUUUGUCACAUACUCGACUUGAAUGAUGAAGGUGGUACUGAAACAUUGGUGGAUCGCGUUUGUUCCUUUUUAAAUGACUUAAGGGUGGGAGGUAAGGAAACAGAUGAGGAAGAAAACAGUGAGGAAGAGGAAGAGGAAGAAGCCGAAGAAGAAGCUGAUGAGAAGGAAACAAUUGAUACAUUUAAUGAAAAUCGGGAAAAACUCCGAGAAGAAUCUAAGAGACAAAUUCAAAAAGUACAGGAUGAGAAUACAAAAAGAUAUAAUCUGAGAAGAAAACCAAAAUUGUAUAAAAAAGGGGAUCUUGUGGCUAUCAAGCGCACACAAUUCGGUCCGAGACUUAAACUUUAUCCAAAAUAUUUAGCGUCAUAUGAAAUAAUAAAGGACAAGUCUAACGAAAGGUAUGAUGUACUAAAAGUGGGUCAUCACGAAGGGCUAAUGCGCACUACCACCUGCGCCGAAUACUUCAAACCGUGGGUUGAAAAUCAGUCCGAAUCCGAGUCAGAUUAG